AUGCAGUCCCUACGGAAAGCCGCCCUCGCGUUCCUCGCGUCGGCCACUCUGCUCCCCUCGUCUGCCAAUGGACAAGAGCUGGCCGACCAAGUCUUUGCUGCCAUCGACGCCAAGAACGAUGGCCUGAGAACAAUCAACACAGAGAUCUGGGAAAACCCGGAGAUCGGGUACCAGGAAGUCCACGCGCACAAGGUCCUCACAGACUACCUCGAGGAGCAGGGAUUCAACGUCACCCGCAGCGCCUACAACCUGACCACCGCAUUCCGGGCCGAGUUCUCCAACGGCCCAGGACGCGCCGUGUCGUUCAACUCCGAGUUCGACGCCCUCCCGGGCCUGGGACACGCCUGCGGACACAACCUCAUCGCCACCGUCGGCGUUGCGGCCGCCAUUGGCGUGAAGGAGGCACUUGAGAACGGCAACGUGAAAGGCUCGGUGGUACAGGCCUGCAUCUACUCAAACUUUGAGCAGCGAGCUAACGCCGCGGGAUACUGUAGCCUUCUGGGUACCCCCGCAGAGGAAGGCGGCGGUGGCAAGGUCAAGAUGCUUGAGGCUGGCGCGUACGAUGGCCUCGACUGCAGCUUGAUGGCCCACCCAGGCAACAGCAACUACGCUGCUUGGGGCAGGACUCUGGCCUCUUGGCGAGGCAAUGUCUCUUGGACUGGAGUUGCCGCCCACGCUGCCGCAGCCCCUUGGGCCGGCCAGAAUGCUCUGGACGGCUUCGUUGCUGCGUACCAGAUGGCCGGUCUUUUUCGCCAACAGCUUCAGCCGUCUGACAGGAUUCACCACGUCGUCACCAAGGGAUGGUCCGUGGCAAACAUCAUCCCCGACUACAUUGAGAGUCAAUGGGGCGUGCGAGGCAACACCAGGCAAGUCCGCCACCGUCGGAUUCGUGUUGAAUCCAUCCUGUACGCGUCCGGCAACGGCACGAACACGACGGUGGAGAUCUCCGCCUUCCAGGACUACUGGGACCAGAACCCGAGCUUCCAGCUGGCAAGCACUUUUUACGAACACCAGAUGAAGUAUCUCAACCCGGCCGAUGACCCGGAGACGGCCAACUUCACCGUGUCUUCCCCCGAGGACUCGCGACGGGAUGGGGGAGCUUCUGCUUCGUCUGAUCAGGGUAACGUUUCGUGGUUCCUCCCGGCUAUCCAGGUCGGCUUCCCUGUCGGCGGGACUGCUCCGGUGCACAACGCGGGUUUCCGGGAACUCGCCGGAACUGAGUUUGCCCACGAAUCAGCCAUCCAGACUGCCAAGAUCCUAGCAUUGACCGGUCUCAAAGUCUUGCAGAAUGAGACGUAUGCGGAGACCAUGUGGGAGGAGUGGAGAGCCAUGAUCGAAGAGGUUUCCAUUGCUGUAUGA